UUGACACCGGGUAAUUUAGACUUGAUUGCUUUUGAUCAGAUCAGUAAACGAUCUACAGUUGAAAGAUCAGAUCAAACUAUUAAAGAUACAAAUGACUACUUUGAUCAAUUAGCUGAUGCAACCAAUGAUAAAAUUAUGUUAUUUAAGGAAAUGCUGAAAGUCUAUACAGCAAAGCAGAUACAAUGGAUAAUUCGUAUUAUAUUGAAAGAUAUGAGAAUUCAUUGUGGUGAAAAGUUAAUUUUAAAUGCAGUUCAUAAAGGAGCCUAUGAUGCUUGGACUACAAACAAGUCAUUAUAUGACAUUUGUCAAUUAGGAAGUUAUUUACUUGAAGGACAGACGAAAAGAAUGAAACAAGAACUCAAGUUGUUUUAUGAAUUUGUUCCUCAAACAGCCAUUCCCUUUAGUGAUAAAUAUUUUGAACAAUUAGAGAAACCAUUUUAUGUACAAAAAAAGAUUGAUGGAGAAAGAGUAUUGAUGCAUUAUGACCGUGACCAAGAUCGAUUUCUUUGGCAUUCUCGAAAUCGAGUUCAAGAAAAUACACUCUAUGGUGACUCUAGUAAAGAUAAUACCAAGUUAUCAUCUUAUAUUCAGAAAGGAAUAUUAGUAAAAAAUAUUAUUUUGGAUGGAGAAAUGGUGGCUCAUUCUGUUAAAGACAGAGCAGAAUUACCCUUCGGUACAUUAAAGACAGCAGCCAAGACGGAUCUUUCUGAAUGGGGAGAUACUUAUCCAUGCUAUUAUGUGUUUGAUAUUUUAAUGGUGAAUGGGCUACCUUUAAUUGGACAUACAUUGAAAGAACGAUUAAGAACACUUUAUUCAGUCGUUAAAGAACAGGAACCUUACUUGAAAAUUUUGCCUAGUAAAGAAAUGCAGACAAAAGAGCAAGUCAUGGAUGAAUUAGAAAAAGCUUUAUUGAACAAGGAGGAAGGGCUUGUUUUGAAAGAUAAAAGCUCAUGUUAUCACAUAAAUAAAAAAUCAUCAAAAUGGAUCAAGUUUAAACCUAGUUUUUUGGAUACAUUAGUAGAUACCUGUGAUCUGGUCCUUGUAGGUAUAAAAUAUGGCUAUGGAAAAAAAGGUGGGAAAAUAGGAAGUUUGUUAUGUGCAGUUAGAGAUGAUACUAUACCAGAUACUGAGCCCCCAAGAUUCAUUACAUUUGCUUUGCCGGGUACUGGGUUAAGAAAUGAAGAUAUAAUCAUAUUAACAGAGUUAAUAAAAACAAUAUCAGAUUAUGAUCCGAAAAAGACUCCAGAUUGGUUAGAUCAUCCUCUUAAUGGAAAAGAUUUAUUAGAUCAAAUAGUUCAUUACCAAGAUUCAAUUGUAGUGGAAGUGAAAGGAGCAUUUAUAAAUGACACACAAAAAUUUGGUAUGAAAUGUACUUUACGUUUCCCAACAUUUAUAAGAAUCCGAAAAGAUAAAGGAUGGCAAGAUAUUAUGACUUAUACGGAUGUCUUGAAGGCUAAAGCUGAAGGAGGUGUUGGUAAAAAGAGAACUGCUGAAGAUAGAAUUGAAAAGAGCAAGGUUCGAAAGACAAGAAGGGGAACAAUACUUUUACCUAGUCAACAAGGAUUGGAUUCAAGUCCUGUAAUUCAAAAGACAAACAUUUUCGAAGGAACAUCAUUCUAUGUUAUCAAUGGUACGAAGUUAAAUGAACAAGAAGAAGGAGGCUUUAUGAAGAAUGAACUUGAUUAUUUGAUUAAAGAAAAUGGUGGCGAGUAUCGACAAAACAAAUCUGCAGAUAUUUUGAUUGCCGGUGUUAAGAAUGCUAGAGUCAAUAGUAUUAUUACAGUCGUGAAAACUCGAGAUAUUAUACUUCCUUCAUAUAUCCUUGAUUCAAUUGAAGCAAGGAAAAUGCUAUCUAUAGAACCAAAAUAUAUGCUUUAUACUUCAUCAGCUACUCAAGAAAAGUUUUUGCAAUCCAGAGAUAUAUAUGGUGAUAUUUACAAUAAGAAAAUAUUGGCUAAAGAAUUUAUUGAGAUAACAAAUAGAAUGAAAACAGUAGCUAGUACACAAAAAGAAACAAUGAAUAAAGCUCUAGAGUUAGUCGAUCGUUAUUUCCCAGAAGGAAUUCAUGGUAUGCUAUUCAUCAAUACAAGGGCUUAUUUUGAUUUUUCUGCUGAGCAAGAUAUUGAACCACAAACAAUCCAAUGGACAGCAUUAAAAAAAUGCCAAGAAGAAUUAGAGAUAGCAAAGUCUAAAUAUGUAUUUGAAUCUGGACAAGUCGUCUCAAAAAUGACAGAGAAUAUUACUCAUAUCAUUAUUCAUAAAGAUGAUGUUUCUCGAGUAGAUGAAUUUAAAAAAUGGUUUUUACGUCGUAACAAGUCUUUACCAAGAUUUGUUACGUUAGAUUGGAUAAAUAAAUGCUAUCACGAGGAAGUUCGACUCAAUGAAGAAGAUUUUCAGCCAAAGUCGUUGUAAGUCGUUUUCGGAAAUUGGCAUAAUUUUUUUUCCCAGUAAAUUCAGCUCAAGUAAACAAAUCUUAUUUUUUAUUUUUGUCUUAUUUACAAUAACAACUUGCAUAUUUAUCUUUAUGAAUGAUAUCCAUUGCAUUCUGAUCAUUUUAAAUAAACCUUUUUUUUUAUUAAAAA